GCGGGGAGGGGGUGUUGCUGCCCGCCUGCCACUUGUUGCAAAGAAAAAAAAAAAAAAAAAAAAAAAAAAAGGAAGAAAGAGAGAAAGAAAGAAAAGAAGGGGAAGAAAAAAAAAAAAAAAUCCCUCCCACCUUCUCUCAUCUGCUGCGGAAUAAAAGAAAUAUCGGCGGGCGCGGCGCCAUGUGAGCGGCGGGCCGGGGCCGGGCGGAGCAGCGGCCGUGCCCCCGGGACGGCGGGGGGAGCCCUGGGAGCCGGCGGCAUGGUGGGGACCCCCAGCCUGGUGGCCAAAGCCGCCCCGCCGGCCGCCCCACCGCGGGGGUCCGGGCCGCCGGGGGGGCUGCGGCUGGCGGCGGUGAUGGAGAGCCUGCAGCGGCAGCAGGCGGCCCGCCUGGCCCGCAGCCCCGACGGCCCGGCCCGACGACCCCCGGCCGAGCCCGCUCGCCCCGGCCCCGCUCCGCCGCCCCCCGCCGCCCCCCGCCGCCGCCCGGCCCCCGGCCCCGCUCCGCCGCCCCCCGCCACCGGGCAGAAGGAGAGGAGGAGGAGGGAGAAAGAGGAGGAGGAGGAAGAGGAGGAGGAGGAAGGGGAGCCCCGGGACCCGCCGCCCGCCCCGCAUCACGAGUGGACCUACGAGGAGCAGUUCAAGCAGCUCUACGAACUGGAUGAGGACCCAAAACGCAAGGAGUUCCUGGACGACCUCUUCAGCUUCAUGCAGAAGAGAGGGACACCCGUGAACCGCAUCCCCAUCAUGGCCAAGCAAGUGCUGGACCUCUACACGCUGUACCGGCUGGUGACGGACAAGGGCGGGCUGGUGGAAGUCAUCAACAAGAAGAUCUGGCGGGAGAUCACCAAGGGCCUCAACCUACCUACCUCCAUCACCAGCGCUGCCUUCACCCUCCGCACGCAAUACAUGAAGUACCUGUACCCCUACGAAUGCGAGAAGAGGGCGCUCAGCUCGCCCGGGGAGCUGCAGGCUGCCAUCGACAGCAACCGGCGGGAGGGACGGAGGCAGACAUUCGGCGCCGCGCUCUUCAACUACUCGCCCGCUGGCACCCCGACCCUGCUGGGCUCCCCAAAAAUGCCCCUGCCGGCCCUCAGCAUCUCCACACACAGCUGCGGCCAGAUGGGCCAAGCGCACGGCGUGAAGAAAGAGGACGGCGCUGUGCCGGCGGUGCCGGGGCGCAUCGCCAUCCCGGUGGGGCUGGCAGGACACCACCUCGCCGCGGCACAGGCAGCAGCAGCAGCCUCGCAGGCGGCGGUGCUGGAGCAGCUGCGGGAGAAGCUGGAGACGGGGGAGCCCCCGGAGAAGAAGGUGGCCCUGACGGCGGAGGAGCAGCAGCGGCUGAUGCAGCAGGCUCUGCAGCACAACCUCCUGGCCGUGGCCUCGCAGUUCCCCAUGAACAUCAAGGUCUCCAACCGAGAUGACAGACAGGAGACCGCAUUGAACCUGUCCACCAACGGCAUUAGCAGUAUCAACAUGUCAAUAGAAAUAAAUGGAGUUGUCUACACAGGCGUCCUGUUUGCCCGCCGGCCCGCAGCCCCGCCGGCCCCCGGUGGAGGGAGCACCCAGAGCCGGCUGAACCCCACGGCCACCCCGAACCCGCCGCCGCCGGCCCCCUCGCACAGCCACACUCCUGCCAGCGCCAAGCCGUAGGGGCGACGCUCCCCGAAGCACACGGGGUCCCUGGAGAGGGGGUGGGGGGUCUGUGCCCCCAGCCGUGGGGCAGGGAUUUGCCCAGAGGAGUUUGGGGAUAUUGGGUGUCUCUUGGUGCUGAGCAGGGCUGUGGCCGUGCAAAGCCAUGAGCACCCACGGGGCCCUUUUGUCCCUCACCCCCACAUGUGGGGCCCCCUACCCGCAUGCACCCCCAAAAUACGCCUUCUGUGACCCCCUCCCCCCCCCCAAACAGCUCCUGCUGGCCUGGGCUCCCCUGCACUCUGCAGCCCCUCUGGGCACCUCGAUGCACUCACCACAUCCCCCGUACACGCCUCAAUGCACUCUGCAGCCCCCAUACUCACCUCGAAGCACACGCUGUCCCCCCCACAUUGGCACAUGUGGCAUCCCCUGUACACCCUACACACACUUCAUUGCACGCUGUGUUCCCUGUACACGCUGGCAAUGCACGCAGUGCAUCCCCCCCACACUGCCCCCACCCCACACAUCACACCGUGUCCCCUACACACACCCUACACCUGCGUGCACACUCACUGCAAUCACUGCAGACCCUUUAUUUGCACCCCCCCCCGCCCUGCCCCUGCUCUGUGCCACCCCAGGAUCACCCCUCGGGUGUGUGUGGGAUCACACUGGAGGACAAAUACUGGGGAAACUGGUGGGACUGGUGGGGGGGGAGGGGGGACUAUUCGGAUGGGGAUAUGGGGGGGCUUACACACUGGGAGGGGUUUGCUGGAGGGCAGGGUGGGGAGGCCCAGCAGUGUCCCCAACCAAAGCCCACCCAGAUGCUGGGGUCCCCAAGGGAAUUAGAGGGUGGGGGGCAGUGGGAUUGGGGGGAGGGGGGGGCUCCAAACUACCUCGUUGGGGCGGGGGGGUGGGCACCUCCUCCACCCGCCCGCACCCUUGGGUGCCAAAGCAGGCGAGCGCGGGGCGACGCUCACCUCUACCUCAGCGGGGGCCGGGGAUCGGUGCCCCCACCCCGCGGCAGCGCGGCUCUGUGUAACUAUUAAAGGAACUGAACGACA